AUGCACGACAACAAGCGCGUUAUUAUUUUUGUGUAUGCUGCUAAAUAUAUUUCUAUCCAGUUAUGUUUUUUCAUUCUGUGGUCUGUGCGAAUACUAAUAUAUUAGAAACCGUUGAAUGAUACAAAAAUGUCCGUACGUGACCCCUUAAACUGCUAGCAACCGUCCUGUCAGGGGGCUUUAAUUCAUAACUAAGGAAAAAAGCAUAACAUAAACUUAUGUUAAAGGUGCCAGUGUAGUUCACAUAAGAAUUAACCAACCAACCGACUUUAAAUGGUUUCGACCAAUCGAAACCUAUUUAAAAAGUUUUAGUUGAUCGUUUAGUUCAAGUUUAUAAAUGUGUUAACGUGAUUAGUUAUCAAAAAAUCAUUUUUUCUAAUGAGAACCCAUUUAGUGUGUAGCCUAAAGUCGGAUAAAUACAGGUAGUGACACUUUUAUUGAUGUGAUUUGCUUUUCAGAGAGAAUCCAAAUAGUCAGGUGAUCUGCAUCCUAAUGUAGUUCCACCAACUCACACACUUAACACUCAAAUCUACUGUGUUCCCAAGAGGUGUUUGUAAUGCUGUCUUUACAGUGUAAGAUAAUGACAAACACAAAAGCAAACACAACCAUCUCAUUCUGCACAUUUCUUACAGGAAUGGAUGAUGACACUCCAAAUGAGGCAUUUGCUGAUCUUAAUACCAGGCCUCUUGGAGGAUGGGGUGUUGCUCAGAUAGCUGCAGGCACUGGGCUUGCUGUUUAUGCUAUGUGGGUGGGAAUUCUUCAGCCAGGCUUCCGAAAAGUUCCUUUGAGGCUGCAGGUCCCUUACAUCCCUGCCAGCAAAGCACAAGUAAACAAUGUGAUGACAUUACUAAGAGGCCGAAAGGGAGGCCUUGUUGAUUUGGGAUCCGGCGAUGGUCGUAUUGUCUUGGAAGCUCAUCAGCAUGGUUUCAGUCCUGCUGUUGGUUAUGAGCUCAACCCCUGGCUUGUUCAAUUAGCUCGCUUUCACGCCUGGAGAGCAGGACACCAUGAAAAAGUUUCAUACAGACGAGAAGAUCUCUGGAAGGUCGACUUGACCAAGUGCAAAAAUAUCACUGUCUUUUUGGCUCCCAGUGUGCUUUCAUUAUUGCAGGAAAAGUUGCAGGCUGAGCUUCCUGAAGAUGCCUUAGUGGUAGCAGGUCGUUUUCCCUUCCCUGACUGGACGCCCUGCAGAAUUGAGGGAUGUGGUGUGGACAGAGCCUGGGCAUAUAGCAUGGAAGCACAAAGGCAGCACACGUUAAAGAAAACUGAUGAAUCUGUAGCCACAAGCAGUGGCCCAGAAAAGUAAUUAUCCACAGAGAAAUUAUCCUUUUGAAGUUACAUGGGUAGUUUCUUCUUGUUCAAUAAUAGAUUAUGCAAAUAUACACUGGAAAAAGUCCUCGCUUAAGUAUGUGAAAAUGUUAAACCUAAUUUGGCUGUUUGAUUACGUCCUCCAGUUCUGAAAUGCAGGAACAGAUGCAU